CGUAAAAGAAAAGUAAACAAAAAACAGAAGGCUCGCGUAGUUUGCGCAUGUGGAUUUAAAUUUCUGCGAUAUCGUGUUUCUGAAGUGGUUCAGAAAGGUAUCUGUGUGUUUGAUGGCAAUACUCGUGCUUAUUCAGCUUUCAAGGGAUGCAGCUGCCUAGUUAAUUUGGGUGUUGCAUUAAUAAAUCGCGCCGAAACGGACGGUAAACACAGUGACCACUUGCAGUACUAUCUCGCGCCUUACUGGGCAAAAUGAUGGCUUCGCAUAAACGACUUCAGUUUGAUGACGCUGAGCUGCCUGCCACAGAGGGCUCAAAGAAGUUUAAGAACUCGUUGGACAGUGAUGAAGAGGAUGAUGAAGAGAAUGAAAACAAAUACAAUCUCUUGAAUGCUGAAGAAGUUGAAGGUCAAGAGGACAAAACUAUUGAGUACGAUGGCAACAUUAAAAUCACUCCCUUCAACAUGGAUGACGAAUUGGAGGAGGGACAUUUUGACAAAGAAGGAAUGUUCAUCUUUAACAAGGACACGGAGCAAAUCAGGGAUAACUGGCUCGACAAUAUUGACUGGGUCAAGGUGCAACACGGAAAAGAAAAGGUAGAGGAAGAUGCAGAGAACUCAAAUGACUCUGAAGCGAAAGAAGACGUCUUCGCCGUCUACAAGCAGAUGCUUGAAAUUAUGAGUCCUGGAGAAACUGUUCUCCGAUGUAUCAAGAGGCUCGGCGGGGGAAAAAGGGACUCCACCAUCAACCGGUGGAAGAAGAAGAAAGAUGAAGAGCCAAAAAGCAACAAUGGAGUCGAUGAUGACGGGGACAAGAACAAGGAGCUGUUGUUGAAAAUGACAGAACUGGCUGACAGAAUCAUUGCUACCGGGGACAUGGAUAUUUACCAGCAGACCUUCGAGCGGCUGAAGUACCUGACCGAGUCAAAAGAGCGGAAAGGGGAAGCUGCCGACGCGGAAGGAUGCUUUGACAUGUUUGCAGACGACGUGGAUGAGACCAAAGUGGUUGAGGAAACUAAGAAAAAGGAUGAAGAUACAAAAGGAAAUGAGGAAGUCCUGUGGGAAUUCAAGUGGGAAAACACGGACGACGCCCCGAUCUACGGCAAACACACCUCUUCGGAGAUGCUUCAGUGGGUGAGGGACGGUUACUUUGAAAGUGGCGUCUGGGUGCGGAAAGCUCACGAGACAGAUGCUCCGUUUUACAGUUCAAGGCGCAUCGACUUUGACCUCUAUGUCUGACCUCGUUCCUGUGUGUGGAGAAUGUGUGUGUGUGCGUGUAAAAUGCUGUGAAAACUGCGAUGAAUUCUUGCUGCACCUUCAAGCUCACUCCCCGAGUUAAUGCCGUACCCCCGUCACAAGGGCCGUCUUCAAUCACCAUUGAAACCAACGGUCAUUGAACAUGUACGUGGCGCCACCAAGUGUAACGUGUCAUCUUCUCAAAGUGCAUUAGAUUCAAUGCGCUGGCAAGUUGACACAUUACACGCCUAGUGGCGCUACGCGCACGUUCAAUGUAGGAUAUCUGAAUACUAGCUCCCUCUGUGUUGGGCGAAGACAACUGUACCGUCUGCUACAAAUUUCCAACAUCUUCACACCCAUGCACAGCUCGCAAUGCACUCACAAAAGUGUAACUAUUCGCUUAUCUACACACUACAUUUCAGAGUUCAGUAAAUAUAUAGCAGAGAUGGUUUGAGAAAGAGGGUGAAAUCAGAACACAGCAUUCAUGCAUGGUGAGUGUGGGCUUCAAAAUGGCAGUGUUUGCUUGACUCCACCCUGCACAGAGGGAGCUACUAUUCAGGCACCCUAGUUCAAUGGCCAUUGGUUUCAACGAUCAUUGAAGACUGCCCAUGUGACAGUGGUAUUAAUGUGCUCUGUUAACGUUAAUAGGUGCUGUGUUAGCAUGCCUUUAUCCUAAGGAGUGUGUGUGUGUGCUUCUGGUAAUUACGUACAAUCGAUUCAGGGCUUGUGCCCUAUUCGUUAUCAGCUGUAAAUAUAAUUUUAAUUUCAUUGUGUAAACCUGGUUGAGCCCCUCUCCCCACCUUUUUUUUGUUUCUUCCAAUUUUAAUACAACAGGUGUCAUUUGUAGAUACUGUAAGCAUAGCGCCGGAGAUUUGUUGUUGAGUGAUACGCUGUGUGAGGUGUGCCAUUCCCAGAAUUCCCAGCAUGAACUGUCCAUUCAGUAGACCAAUAAAAUUCUGGUUGAAUCAUUGAAUCAUA